AUGAGAUUGACUGAUGUGGGCUAUGUGCGAGCAAGGACACUGUUGUCUUCCCUUUUUGGCAGGUCGAAAGCCGUGAAGGAAGCUGAAGCUACAAAGCUCACAAAGCAAGAGCAGGAAAAACUAAGACGGAUACUUCCCACUGUUCGGCCUGAUGCACCUAAGUCAAAGUCUCGCGUUGAAGCUGAAAGCUAUGACACAGAUGAGAUUUUGGACUACCGAAUAGAUGCAGAUUCUAUUCGGGCACGUGGGUUUCUCAAGUAUCGCUACAACUAUAAACCACCAAGUGAUGUGAAAGAUGUUGUUUUAUCGAUAGCAAAAAAAUAUUUAUCAAAAAAUGGUGAUCAAGCACCAACGGACAUAUCUCAAUGUCGUCUACAGGAUAAUAGUGAGAAAAUGAAGGUUAUCGUGGCUGCAGCUGAGAAGUUCAAACAUUGGCCUACGAAUUCUCGCCUCAUGCACCUAAAGUCUGUUCAGGAUGUGAUCGAUUUUUAUGAAGAGCCAGUCUCAAAUAUUACAAAUUACGCGAAACUUUCUCGAAUGGAAUCCAAGCCGGCUAAUGUUUAUAUGAUGGAGCAUGCAUUCAGAUUCCACCCUGAAGAUAUAGAAGCAUGGCAUGGAGGAGUAACAGCGUUUCCUGGAACUGGAGGUAAAGUUUUCGGGCUACGAAACAAACGUCUUCUCCGGCAGUUCAAGCCGAAAGCUGAUUGGUUCGAUUACGAAGACCAGACUUUUGAUUACACUCCCCCUGAAAAGGACAUGCCGUGGGAUAACGAAGUAGCUCGGCGAAUGGACAGGUACCCAGACAAACGGUUUGAUAUUAAAAGAAAACAAUUCGUUUCGACCAAGUGA